AAUCUUCUGGAAACUCCUUAUGAUUCUGAACAGUUUGCUAACAAGCUAAACACGUAGCACCCGACAGCUUUAGCAAGUUUUAUUCUAACUUUAUGAACAAAUAUAUCAGAUACAUGUCCACUAUGGCGGUUUCGCUAAAGCUUCGCUGUUGUUAUAACUUGUUAUGGACGGUGUUUGUGUCUUAACCGUUAGAAAAAGUAGCAGUUUUAGUGAGGAACGUUAGCUUAGCAUUGGUCGCUGUAACACAAACACAAAGCCCAUCCUCCCCUCAGGCUUGCUGGACGGGUUCAAGUUUAACUCUGCGCCCUGUUCUCCAAUCUGGAAACACUUAUCAAAAUGUCGAUCCUUGGACUGAAGAAGAAACAACCCAAGACUUUCAAAGUUAAAGUCGUUACUAUGGAUGCUGAGAUGGAGUUCAGCUGUGAGGUCAAAUGGAAAGGUAAAGAUUUGUUUGACCUGGUCUGUCGCACCGUCGGUUUGAGGGAGACCUGGUUCUUUGGACUCAGAUACACGGUGAAGGACACCUACGCCUGGCUUAAACAGGAGAAACAGGUUCUGGAUCAGGAGGUUCCCAAGGAUUCCCCCAUAACAUUUCACUUUCUCGCAAAAUUCUUCCCUGAGAAAGUUGAAGAAGAACUGGUCCAAGAAAUCACCCAACACCUAUUUUUCUUACAGGUGAAAAAACAGAUACUAGAUGAAGAGAUAUUCUGUUCCCCUGAAGCUUCAGUGCUUUUGGCCUCUUAUGCUGUCCAGGCAAAGUACGGUGACUAUGAUCCAAACUUUCACAAGCCAGGUUUUCUUGCACAAGAUGAACUGUUGCCAAAAAGGGUUCUGAUGCAGUACCAAAUGACUGCGGACAUGUGGGAGGAGAAGAUUACAGCUUGGUACGCCGAACACAGAGGCAUCGCCAGAGACGAAGCAGAGAUGGAAUACCUGAAGAUCGCCCAGGACCUCGAAAUGUACGGUGUUAGCUACUUUGCCAUUACUCAAAAUAAGAGAGACACAGACCUUUUACUGGGUGUGGACGCUCAGGGUCUCCAUAUCUACAACCCCAACAACAAACUGAACCCAAACAAGUCUUUCCCCUGGAGUGGGAUCCGGAAUAUCUCCUACAGCGAGAAGGAGUUCACAAUUAAACCUCUAGAUAAGAAGAAAGAUGUCUUCAAGUUCUACUCGUCUCAGCUGCGUGUCAACAAGCUGAUUCUGCAGCUGUGCAUCGGGAACCACGAUCUGUUCAUGAGGAGGAGGAAGGUGGACUCCAUCGAGGUGCAGCAGAUGAAGGCUCAGGCCAAAGAGGAGAAGGCCCGCAAGAAGAUGGAGCGUCAGAUCCUGGCCCGGGAAAAGCAGAUGAGAGAGGAAGCAGAGCGGGCGAAAGAGGAGAUGGAGCGAAGACUUUUCCAGCUGCAGGACGAGGCGCGGCUCGCUAACGAGGCGCUGCUGCGGUCUGAGGAGACGGCAGACCUGCUGGCAGAAAAGGCCCAGAUCGCUGAGGAGGAGGCUAAGCUUCUGGCUCACAAAGCUGCAGAGGCUGAGCAGGAGCGACAGAGGUUAGAGGUCACAGCCAUGAAGAGCAAGGAGGAGAAACGCCUGAUGGAGCAGAAGAUGAGGGAGGCGGAGCAGCUGGCUGUAAAGCUGGUGGAGCAGUCUGAGAGGAGGCUGAAAGAAGCAGAUCACCUAAAGCAGGACCUGACAGAAGCAAAGGAUGCUGAGCGAAGAGCCAAGCAGAAGCUCCUGGAAAUCACCAAAACAACAUACCCUCUCAUAGCUGCGUACUCUUCUCCGCCUGCUCCUCCUGAAGCAGCCGACUUCAGCUAUGAUUCAGCGUCGUCACGCCUCGACUUCAAGGACUCGGACAUGAAGAGGCUGUCCAUGGAGAUCGAGAGAGAACGGCUGGAGUACAUGGAGAAGAGCAAACACCUGCAGGACCAGCUGAAGGAGCUGAAGUCGGAGAUCGAGUCUCUGAAGCUGGAGGAGCAGCAGCAGGCCAGCAUGUACAGCCUCCCCGGAGAGGCCAGAGGUUACGUCCCCGAACCGGCAUAUGUACCUCACAGCAACCGAAACUCAGCCUACAUGUCUCAGAUGGCCUUCUUUGAAGAAGUGUGAUCGCUGUGUUUCCAGAUGAGAAAAAAGGGCAUCUGCAGCUGGGAAUUUGUCCUUCUGUGUUAUAUCGUACCUGACUGAGAGCAGCAGCAGACAGAGACCUGCCACCGCCCUGUUUGCCUUGGAAAGACUUUGAAUCUGUCCUUCAGCAAACAGACACUCCUUGCUGUGCUGCAGCACCUUUACCUUUUCUCUUAAAUGCAAACAACAACAGUGACACUAAUGUCAUUAAUCCAGGAUGUGGGGCUGAAGUUUUAAGUGGUUUGCUACAGCUUUAGAUGAUCAAAUGCAGAUGCCAUUAUGACUAUCUUCCUGAGAUGGAGUCUGUUGAUCAGUUUGUACUUUGGAAAUGUGGAAAACAGAAUAUGAGGGUCUUAUGGUACGUAACAGCGCGACUUUAAAAAAUUAGGGGAACGCUAGUAGUUUAAAAGUAAUGUCUACUGUUUCAGGUAGAAGCUAACAAACACAAAGUGAAACAUCAACUAGAUUUUAACUGUUUUCUGUUCUGACUAGAUAUUUAACUACUCUUCUUAUCAGAGGUGGAAGAAUUAAUUUAAUUUGUCCUUUUAAGUGUAGCUUAUUAAAGCUAUAAGCGUUCUUGCAAAAACAUAAAAACUUGUAUUUUUGUCUAGUUUCUACUACAAAUAUCUUUGUCCUCUUUAAAAAAGACAAAACUAACUUAGAUGCAACUUUUCAGCAAGAAAAAGGAGCUUGUUUUCAUUCACUGAUAUUGAUGAAAAAGUAGCAGUUUCAUUGGCAGAUUAUUUCACGUAUAACAUAGAACAAAGUGUUUUGUUUUUUCAUCAAUAUUAAGGAAUUAUUGACUUAAGGCAAACUCAAAUUUUUCGCCAAAAAGUUUUAGUUUUUAUUAUUUGAAGUGUACUAAGAUAUUUUCACCAGAAAUUAGAAAAAAACACUUGGCAGGAUUUUGUGUUUUUGCAAUGUGUCCAGUCCAAACCCAGUUUUGAUUUUGGAUCACAAUAUUCCACCACUCACCUCUAUCUAAGUUUUAUAUAUAAUACUCGAUCAUUUAAAGGGAACUUAAAAAGAAAAAAUAAAAAGAACGCACUCGAAUCCUUCAAGCAUAUUUUUUGUACUUUGCACAAAUUUUGUCUUUUCCGGUCGUUUUGACGUCCAUUUUUUUUAGCUUGUUGUGUUUACACCAAUGCUGCAGUUUGGGUGGCCGAACAAACCAAACCAACAAAAGGUGGUAAUAAAAUCCCAAAGUCAACUAUAAAAGUUUUGUAGGUUGUGCUUUAAUAUCUGGCCAAGAAACCAGUCAAUUUAUUUCAGCUCUGUCUGCCAAGAAUAGUUAGAUCUCAAGCCAGAAUUAUGCCUCAGUUUUUGUUUAUAUUGAAAAACCCAAACUAGUGCAAUUAAUUUCUAUUUCUGAAAGUAAUUGACAUUAUAUGCUGUAUAAUCAAGGCCUCCUGAAAAAAGAAUUGGAUAAUUAAAAGUCUUAAUUUCAAGUUGUAGUUCAUCCCCAUGACUAGUUUAUGUUACAAAGGUCCAGCUGUCUUUCAUAUAAAGACUAAAAUUUUGAAGUUUUCUAGAUAGACAUCACAUUAUGUCAAGUGUUUAUAAAUUAUUAUUGAUAAUGUUAUGGCUUAUGUUCACCACAGUGCUUUGAACAUAAAGAUUUGAGUCAAAUUGAAGAAUUUUGGUAUAUUUUAGAUGAACAAACAGCUUUUGAAUUGCAAGCUGAUUUAAAAGCAAAUAAUAUAGUAAUAAGUUCACAGAGAUGUCAUUGAAGGUGGCAUGAAACACUACAGUAAUUCCCUUAUUAACUGUGCCUGCAUCUUCAUUGCAGGCACAUCAUUAGGGAGAGACGAUGUGUGAUGGUGUUUAACUCAGCUUUUGGCCUCCAUUUGGUAUUUAUGUUCCUCCUGAACUGUCUUUACUGAUGCCACACAGGCCCCUUUUGUGUUCAUAGUGCAGAGGUUUCAAGCUUAUAGUGUUACAUUUGGUACUGCUGAUGUUAUUUGAACUUUGCCUUUUUGCUAUGACUGCACACACUAAUGUGUUACUGAGUGUGUUGUACUUCUAGAAUGAACACUGCAGAAGUCUUUGAGUGACAUUGACCCAGGGUUUAAUAUCUUAACUUAUCUACAGAUUAGAAGACUGAUGACAUUUCCUCCUCUUUAUAUGCAAUUCUCAGGAUUAAUGUUGGAGACAAUCAAAGCUGUUAGAAUCUCAUUAUUUCCCCCCUGAGUUAAACAGUGCAGUAUAAAGUUCACAUGGUGAAUUGUAGGCAGUAAAACUGCAAAGCUGUGAAAAGUCUUAAGUAUUUACAUGUUUGAAAGACUUUUACCAGCUGUGGACACAAUGCAUCUAAACUAAACUUUUUGACGUUUUGGUUUAUUAAAACAUACAACCUUGUGCAUCUUUCUUUGUUAGGAGCAGCCUGUCUGACUUAUUUAUGCAGUGAACAGUGACAGAUGAGGGGUUGCUGUCGGUUCCAGAGAGCAUCGCCUGCCUGGGUCCCGUGUAAAUUGAUUCUGUUGAAAUGUGCUUCUGCUCCCAGGUUUAUCAGAUUUAUCUGGGCUGCAGAUGCACCGUCACAUUUCUUGAAGUUUACAGUUUAAGAAUAAAUGUGUUUUGUAUUGAUGCUUUAUUUUUCUGUAUUGUGUUGUAAAAUCACAGACAUGGAGUGGUAAAAAUUUGAGGUCAGUACUUUGUAACCUCAAGUCAUGUUGUCUUUGACAUUUCAUUAUGGUAGUAAUGACUCUUGGUUGUAUCCGUAUUGCUUUGCUCCAUGGUUGUGCACUCAUUAGGCGUUGUCCUGUUAAUAAGAGGAUAUUUCUCCCCACUUAAUUUGUCGGUAAGCCGCUCGAGUGACUUCAUCACUGCUACACUGUUGUCACACCAGAAUGUUGCAAACAUUCCUUGUAUUCUGCAUUUGAAUAUCAUUAAAAAAGAAAUACUGCCUGGUA